AUGGUAGCCUCUUUGAAUGCCCAACUCACAUACAUCACGGUCGGCUGUGUCUUGUCCCAAGUUUAUUGUGGAUACCCAUCACAUCAACCUCGCCUUGACACACUUCGAAGUCCAGUACCUCCGCUGAAUACUUUUGACACCUCACCGGCCCCGCGAAUCUGCAAUGCUAGGCAGGCGCGUCUCGACUCCUUUCAAAGUCCAGUACCUCCCCUGAAUAUUUUCGGCAUCUCACCGGCCCCACAACCCUAUGUGUGUAAUGCUAUCCAGCCACGUCUCGACUCCCUUCGAAGUCCAGUCCAUUCGCUCGAUGUUUUUGGCACCACAGUCCUUUCGCUAGAUCUUUAUGGUUCCACAUCAAGUCCACAAUCUUGUAUGUGUGAUGCUACUCAGUCUCGCCCCGAAUCCUUGCGAAGUCCAGUCGUGCCUUUUAUGGACGUUCUUGGCACCACGCCCGGCCAGCAAUCCUAUAUGUGCAAUGCCACCGAUUUAAUCGCCCCAACCACUCCAACCAAAAGCAUAUCGGAGUCACGUCAGCUCCCGAAGAUAGGGAACUUCGCACAGCACGAAUGCUUCGAAAAUAGUUUUCCAGGCGAAGAAGAGCAUUGUCUUUACGUUGACACCGAUUUCUCUGACGGAAGAGGGAUUUCGAUUUUCACUCGACCAUCAAUCCUCAGAGAUGAGAUUUCUCAGCUUCCGGUCUUCAACUCGAACUCCAAUGUGGUCACCAAAGCAGACCGCGCAUCAGUGCCCUUCGCCAUCACACCGCUCCCUGGCAAAGGUAAUGGUGCACUUGCUACUCGCGUGAUCUCCAAAGGCGAAUUGAUCAUUUCAGACCAUGCUGCUACUGUCAUCGACAUGGAAACAUCGGCUUACAAUCGCCAAAACUUUGAUGAUAUCUGUGUAUUAGCUUUUGAUCUGCUACCCUACUCCACUCAAUCACGCCUUCGAAAGUUGGAUUCCGUUGGCCAUACCAGAGCAGCUCUUGUCCAAUCAGCAAUCGAACGUAACGCGUUUGAAAGCCAUCACGGUGGCGACGAGCGUGUCCUUCACUAUGCAGUUGUACCUGAACCCUCGAUAUUCAACCACGAAUGCCGUCCCAACUCCGCUUUCUAUUUUGAUAAUAAAACCAUGCGUGUUUACAUAUCCGCCGUUCGGGACAUCGCACUGGGUGAAGAAAUCACGAUCGCAUAUCGUGACAUGAAGGCUUCCAAAGCGGAGCGACAAACAGCAAUCGCACACUAUGGUUUCAAAUGCACAUGUACUCAUUGUAGCAUGUCUCCCAAAGAGUCCAGAGCGUCCGAUCAACGCAUCUACGAAAUUGACACCAUCAUGGGUCAUUUAACCGAUUUUAACAACGACUCCAAAGCCAAUCUAGACAUGGCCGAUAGGUUGAUCCAACUUUACCGCGAGGAACGAUUUGACGACAGAAUUGCAGAAGCUUAUACGCUUGCUACAAUGACAUACAAUUCAUUUGGAAAAAUAUCAGAAGUUAAGAAGUAUGCCAACCUAGCUCGAUCCGCUGGACUCAUCGCAGCUGGACCAGCUUGGUCUGAGCUACCUGCAAUUGAAGAGAUGCAGAAAGAUCCUAAGGCGCAUUGGACUCAUAACGCGCGUCAUGGUAUGCGUUCGAGGAAUGAGUAA